UAGAAACAGGACAGAUUACAUUACCACUGAGAUUUUGUUUGUAUCUUUGUUAUGCACAGUAAAUCCAAUUGGGUGGUUACAGUAGAAACGUUUACAGCAUAACUCACAUGGUUAUUAAACAUUUUCAGCUCAGACAGGCACUCACUUCCUGGACACCAGCACGUGCACAUGUACGCACUGGUGGGAGUUCAACAGCUACAGAGGGGUUUUUUGUUGUUGUUUUUUUUAAUUUAUUUAUUCCAAUUUAAACUAGUGACAACAAAGGAGUGAAUAAUUAGAAAAGUAAAAGGCAGCCAGCGGGAUUGACUACAGAAAGGUGCAAAACAACGAAACGAAAGAUCAAAAGAAGGAUACGUGGUCUUAUUGUCCCAUGAGAGACCAGAUUAAAUAAGCAAGAUGGAAGAAAUGAAAAAUAGAGGAAAGAACAGAGAGGAACGACACAAGGAAAGAUGGGAUGUAUUCCAACUCAACCCAAUUGGGGCUGAGAAGGAACAGAAGAGAAGAUGCUUUGAAUUUGCCCAAUAUCUGGUGGCUAUUUUCGUGGGUAUCGCUGUCCUAACCAGUGCCGUUGUUGCUAAGGGCUGUCUUUUGGUGCUGUCAACGUUGUCCAGUCCAAAAUCCCUGCGUUCCCCAAAAGAAAAGCAGUUCUACAUGCUGAUGUUGGUGUUCUGUCUUGUUUGCCCCAACUUCCUGGUGUUCAUAAAAUCAUUGUGGAGGUGUGCUUUCAAGAGCUUUGUAAAGCCCAAUAUGAGGACCAUGGCAUUUAUUUGUGUCAUUGAGUGCUUGGUGUCACUUGGCACCUCAAUCUUGGUACUUGUAGUGAUGCCUCAGUUUGACAUUCUGACAAAUCUGUUCAUCAGUGGAGGUGUCUGUAUCAUGUCUGCACUUCUUCAAAUCAUUUUUCGACUACAGACAGAAAGUUGGAAAAUUAUAUUUCCAAUCUGCUCCCUCGUUCUAACUUGUGCUGGAUACUGCCUGCUAGGAAUUGACUACUAUGUCCGUGUAACGACAUUAGUGGAUAGACAAACUACAGACUGCUAUGCCUAUGUUGGACUUGGAAUUUUCGCAUCACUUCUUGUGUCUCUGUGUUGGUGGGAGAAUCCAAUGCAAGCUGCGAAUCGUGCUCAGGAAACAUUAUCAGAACUGGAUGGUUUCCGUGACUUUGUUUUUGUCAUCACCAGCCUUCUGAGGAUAAUUGUCAUCGGGGCGGUAUACCUCUUGCAUCAUGUCGUAAUUGAAGAAUCUGUCGUCUGGUCUAACUUCAAUUUAAAGAAUGAAGAUUGGGAAUUGUUAAGAGUAGGUCUGGGACUGUUUUUCUUACAGGCCUUCUGCUCAGCAGCAUGCCACUGGUUUGGAGUGGUGGCCUGUAAGAUUCAUGCCAUCAGGAUGAGUUUUGCCUUGCCCUUAUGUUGCACAGGACCUUCGGUGCUUCUACUGGGAAUGAUACUUUUCAUAUCACUAGCAGGACAACUGGAUGGAGAUCAUCAUGAGAAAAUCACUGAGUUUUGUGAAAGCUUGUUCCAUUUGAGCCAAAAGAACACAACCCCGGUUAUUUUACUAGAAAUCACAAGGAGCAUCUGCCGGACAUCACUGAACAGCUAUUACAUGCCAUGGACUUUCGCUAUGCUGGGAUUUGAGGGAGUAUGUAUGUGGUCAGGAUUGAUCACAUGUACUUACUAUGUAUGGAAGACAAAGGUCCAGCGUAUAGAGAGAACCUCGCAACUCUUUGUUCGGCGUCUGUAUGAAUCCGCUUUCAUAGACUUGUCUUUGUUACUUAACACCAAGAUGAAGGUGUCUCGAGCUCUAAACAAGGAAAGUCAUGAUGACAUCCAGAACUGUGUGCUCUAUCUAUGUGCCACCAUGUGGCAUGAGACCUAUGAUGAAAUGCUUAAGAUUCUGACCUCCAUGUUCAGGUUGGAUCGUUACAGAGGUGAUCCAAAAGAGGAACAUAAGGAUGCUUUCGAUUUUGAGUGUCACAUUUAUGUUGAUGACGCAUUUAUGACUGAAAAAGACACAGGGAAGAGGCUGGUUAAUUCUUAUGUCAAUGACUUGACUCAGGUUGUCAUCGAGGUUUACAGGGUUUUUACCAACAAAGAGCCCGACGAUGUAUCCAUCGUGGAAACUCCGUAUGGUGGCCGACUUGUAUUUGUUAUGCCAGAAGGUAACAUGCUCUACGUUCACCUUAAAGACAAAACCCUCAUCAGGAACAAGAAAAGAUGGUCGCAGAUUAUGUAUAUGUAUUAUCUCCUUGGCUGGAAGGGCUACAUUGCCAAAAAUCCUCAGAUCAGAAAUCAGAAUUACCUAGGCAGAGAGUCUUUAAUCUCUAUGGAUGGGGAAGCAUUUUUCAUGCCUCAAUUUGACAAUGACAACAAACGAAGAUUCAUCUUAGAUGACAACGUAUAUAUCCUGGCGUUGGACGGAGACACCGACUUCCAGCCUAAAGCUGUGAUUUUGCUCGUCGACAGGCUAAGAAUGUAUGAAAAUGUUGGUGCAGCCUGUGGAAGAAUCCAUCCUACUGGAAUGGGUCCUAUGGUGUGGUACCAGAAGUUUGAGUAUGCAGUGGGUCACUGGCUACAAAAGACAGCAGAACACGUGUUUGGGUCUGUGCUGUGCAGUCCAGGAUGUUUCAGUCUUUUCCGAGCAUCUGCCUUAAUGGAUGAUAACGUGCUGAAGAGAUACACAACGACUGCCACAAGAGCUUCGGAAUACGUACAAUAUGAUCAAGGGGAAGAUCGUUGGUUGUGUACUUUGCUGCUGCAGCAGGGGUGGCGUGUGGAAUACAACGCUGCAUCCGAUGCCUACACCAACUCACCGCAAGAGUUUAAAGAGUUUUAUAACCAGAGGAGACGAUGGGGGCCAUCCACACUGGCUAAUACACUGGAUCUCCUUCACAGUGGUGCAGAGACAGUGAAAAGAAACUCCUCCAUAUCCAGACUUUAUAUUGUCUACCAGAUGUUCACUGUUGGUUCCUCUAUUCUUGGACCAGCAUCUGUGACUCUUAUGGUGGCAGGUGCUUUCCAGUUUGUCUUCAAAAUUUCUGGUACACUUUCCAUCAUCAUUGCAAGCAUUCCCCCAGUCUUCUACAUUAUCGUUUGUUUUAUUGCCAAACCAAACAACCAGAUAACAAUCGCUGCCAUUAUGAGUGUUCUGUAUGCCUUCUUGAUGACGGCUUCCUUUUUUUCUAUCAUCGGUGAUAUGGUUAUUCAAGGCACAUUCCUGACUCCAACUGGUGUGUUCCUGGUUUCUAUGACAAUCAUGUACUUGGUGACUGCUAUCCUCCACCCAGAGGAGUUUGGAAUGAUCAUCUAUGGCUUGAUGUAUUUCAUCUGUAUUCCCAGUGGCUACCUUCUGCUCACCAUCUACUCAUUGGUUAACAUGCACAUCGUAUCCUGGGGCACAAGGGAAUCCAAUAAGGGAGGAACAGAGAUAAAGAAGAAUCAUAACGUGCUGUGUGACCGAAAUUGCAGACUCUGCUGCUGGGACAUGAAGUUGCAGAUAACUCAGGAAACAGAGAACCUGAUGAUUCAACAAAUCACAGGACAGACUGGACAACAAGCCUCCCCCCCUCCAAUCACAGCGCCGGAAACAAAUCAACACGCCGCGUCAAAUGUGGCGCUGCAAGCUUCGUCUGACACCAACAAAGCAGCUGAGGAAGGAGAAAAAAAAACUCUGACGAAUAAAGACACUAUGGAGAUGAAAUUCUUGGACACCAUGUCCAAAUACAAAGAUGAUAGCGUGGAAAAACAGAGUAUAUCAACAAAUGCAUCUCAUGAUGAUGAUGAUGAUGAUGAGGAGGAUGAUGACAACGACAACAGGGACAAUGCUGACCUUCCUUUGAGCGAAUGGGUGAGUCCAGUCAAAGAAGAGUUCUUAAAGAAGUUGACCUUUGCCAACUUAAAGAGGAACUUAAAAGAACAAAUACGGUACUCCCUCCGCAGCAAGAAUUACGAUGACGUGUGUGAUGAGUUGAUAUUAAUGCUAACAGACAGGCUAAGUGCGCAACUAUAUGGAAUUGGGCCCGAAGAUGUUUUGACAGAUAUCCAACUGGAGGAACUACAACAGGAAUUGACAGAGCAGGCUCGACACACCCUCAAGACCAGUCGAAUGGAAAGAUUAGAGAGGAAAGUCAAGAGAGCCAUCGAGAAAACUCUGACUGCCCCUCAGGUGCAGAAACUAGAAGAGAACGAGCAUGACUUUUGGAGCAAGUUGAUCGAUCGCUACUUGAAGCCUAUUGUAGACACUAAAGCGCAUCUUGAAGAAGUCACCAGAGAGCUCAAAUCACUGCGUAACAAGGCAGUGUUCCUCUAUUUCAUCCUCAACGUGUUGUGGGUGGUCGCGACCUUUUUCCUGCAGGCCAUUGGAACUGAUGUUCUAAGCAUCAAGAUCCCUAAAUACUAUUCAAAUGGAACAUUAUCUGAAGACUUCCUCGAGGUGGAGCCCCUCAGUUUGAUGUUCCUGUUAUCUUUUGCGAUUCUUCUCCUUGUCCAGUUUCUUGCCAUGUUGUAUCACAGGGUCUACACUUUGAUCCACGUGGUGUCAUACCGCAGCACGGAGAAAGACUACAAAGUGAAAGAUGAUGAGGAAGAUGACGAUGGCUUGACUUUCGAGAACCAAAACACAACUGGACUUAGCUUCACAAGUGAUGACUUGUAGCUGAAAAUGAUUAUGCAAUUGUAUUUGUUCUUCACUGUUGUCCUGCUCUUUGGUUUUUUGCUGUAGCGUUAUCAGAAACCAAAGUCGAAGGUGUUAUAAAGCAUUCCAAGAUAGUUUAAUCUGAUAUUUCAACUAAGUACCGUGAGUCACAUGUGGGAGUGGACAUAUUCGUUAUCAUUAACAUUUGCAAUAGGUUUUUCUGUUAAAAUUUUACAUCUGAGAUUGCAUUUGAAUUGCAGCUUUUGCACAUUGGUGGAAGAAUUAUUUAUGACGUACUGUUGAAGUAUUGUUGGAAUGAAAUUCAUAUUCAUAAUGAUCAGUUAAAGUCUGAUGCAAUAAAAUACUGGCAAACUUUUUUUGGGGGGGGGGGCGGUGUCAUUCAUAUUGCUAUGAAAAUUUUAGGGUUUACACCUUAUUCAUAUUCUGUAUAACGUUUAUUCGUGGGAGUACGUAGUGCAAUUUUAGAAAAUAAAACUGUCUUAUUUUCAAACGUAUUUGGGAGUUUUUAUACGUUUUGAGUCAUUGGAAGGGCCCACAAUCAGCAUUUGAAACAAAAUGUUCCACCUCUUCGCAGGCUUAGCACGAGAACAUAUAAACCUCAAAAUUUCACUGCAGCCUCAAAAAUACAGUAUAAAGCAUUCAGCAGGUAGUGUCCAUUGUAUCAGGCUUUUAAACAUAGAUCUGUUGUGACCUCUCAAAAUAUUCCAGCAUGCAAAUAUGUUUAAGCAAAAUUCCAGUCUAGUUACGCGAUUUCAGUACCCUUGAUAUACAAUCUUUAAUGCGCAUGUGUAUAAUGAGGUAUAUAAAGGUACGUAGCAAAAUACAUUGAAGCAGGAUUGGUUGACCUUUUUUAAUGAACACAGUUCACUGAAAUGAAGAGAAACAAGACAAAAACAGGAAGUAAAACAAGGCAAUUGCAAAGCAAUCAUCCAAUAGUUUGAGAGUGUCCCACCCGAGUUUAGGCAGCACACCAACUCCACCACUAUAAAGGUUGACAAUAAUCAUUCCUUUAAAAGGAUGGAGGCAGAAAUCUUACCUCCCACAUAAGAGCAAAGUAUUAAAAACGGGCUGCCAAACACUCAGUGACAUACUCCUUUCUUCUCAAACAUUCACUUUGGAUUUCAGUAAUGUACUGAUUGUGAAAGUGAAAGUUGAGCCCGUCAGGUGAUGUGUUGGAGCCAAGUCUUAUUAUAAAUGGGCCCCCAUUGGUCCAACGUGCCAGCCCAUCUUCUGAAAACGGGCUUUGCCUUACAUUUUCAGGAGACCCUUUUUUUUAGUUGAGUAUGAGAUUUAAAUACUUUUUUGAAUACCUGACACCAUUGUAUCAUG